CAGGUGAUCGCCCGGCCGCCGCGGUCACGUGGAUCGGGCGGGCGCGCCCGAGCUGGCCAUGGCGGCCGCGGUGUCCGGUGUGGUGAGGCGGGUGGAAGAGCUCGGGGACCUGGCUCAGGCUCACAUACAGCACCUUAGCGAAGCCGCGGGGGAAGACGAUCACUUUUUAAUUCGGGCCUCUGCAGCUCUAGAAAAAUUGAAACUCUUGUGUGGAGAAGAAAAAGAAUGUUCAAAUCCAUCAAAUCUUUUGGAACUAUACACACAGGCCAUUUUGGACAUGACGUAUUUUGAGGAGAAUAAGCUAGUGGAUGAAGAUUUUCCUGAAGACUCUUCUCCCCAGAAAGUAAAACAGCUUCUCAGUUUUCUUUCAGAACCAGAAAUUUUAGUUAAAGAAAGUAUGCAUCCCAAACUGUGCGAUUUGCUUGGGGAUGAGCUACUAGAAUGCCUCUCCUGGAGAAGAGGAGCCCUGUUAUAUAUGUACUGUCAUUCUCUAACUAAGAGAAGAGAGUGGCUCUUAAGAAAGUCUAGCUUGCUUCAGAAGUACCUUGUUGAUGGGAUCAAUUACUUGCUGCAGAUGCUAAAUCAUCGAUGCCCAAUCCAGUUAAAUGAAGGUGUUUCUUUCCAAGACCUAGACACAGCUAAAUUACUGAGUACAGGAAUAUUUAGUGAUAUUCAUGUACUGGCUAUGAUGUACAGUGGAGAAAUGUGCUACUGGGGAUUAAAGCAUUGCACAGAUCGGCAGUCAGAAAAUCAUGAAGUUGAUACUGAUGUUUGUGGAGCAAGCUGUACCACACACAGAGAACCUUUGGAUUUCCGAGAAGUAGGAGAGAAAAUUUUGAAGAAGUAUGUGUCGGUGUGUGAAGGGCCUCUGAAAGCGCAGGAGUGGAACACGACGAAUGCUAAGCAGAUGUUGAGCUUCUUUGAGCAGCACUGUAGCUAGGUGUUCAUCUAGUCCUCGGAACGAAAGACGGGAAGAUGGGGGAGGGAAAGGAGGCGUCACCAAAGGAGAUGUACUGUGCUGAUCGUGACAACACUACACUACGGAAAGGGGCCCAAUGUGGCGAGCCUUUCCUAAUGCUAUCUCCUUUCAUUGUAUAGUCUCAAAUCUGUGAAAAAAGUAUUCUCUAAUUCCUAAAAUGGUGUAUAUGUUAUUCUAACUGAACUUGAACUACGUAUAAUCUUGCCACUGGUAAGGAGGAACCCAAUGUAGAUUGAUAGUUGCUUUAUAAUACUUUAGAUUAUAUUUUCAUUGUAGUAAAAUAUAUGUAAGACAAAAUCUCCUUAUUUUGAAGUAUGUAUACUUCAAAGAUGAAAAUCAGUUAUCCUCCUUGUUUCAGAUAUAUACUAUGAGUAUAAAUGUGGGCAAUUAAAAGAUUAUAACUAAUAUUUAGAUUUCAUUUCCAGUAAGCUAAAUAGCAAAAUAUUUUUAAAAAAUGAAUCAUUGUAUUUAUUUUGCCUUGUAUUACUAAUAAUACUUAAAUUAUUGUCUUAGCUAUUUUAUAAAUUAUUUUCUUAUUUUGUUUAAAAACAAAAACUGCAUGGUUUCUCCAGUAUGAAGGUAAAACUCAGUAGAGAUGAUUCUGUCAUUAGUUCAGAUGUUUCUAGGGCACAUCUUUGCAUAUAUUUUGCCUUUAUUAAGAUUGAAAUGCUGAUGGUCAGAGAGCCUAGUUUGCUGUCUUGCUCACCGUCUUUCUGCCUACCUCAACUUCUGUUGUCUUGGGAUGGUCUGUGUGAUGAUCUCUUCUGAUGCACUAGACUUCUGUCCCAGUGACAUCUUUACAUUCCAGGAUGCUCCUUGGGCAUCAGCCAUACUCAGUUUCUCUGUCUAAAAUCUUAAAUUUCAGUUAACUGAUGAUAAUUCUCAUCUCUUAAAAUUUCCUUAUUUUUCUUGGUUUUUCUCUAUUUUCAUUCUGCAGCUUCCUUCCUCUUUACAGGGCUCUUUCUUGACUGUUUUCGUAACUCUUGAGCAGUGAGCUUUCUUUGCCCUGCACUUCAGUGGCACCAUCUGAACUACGGUCCCCUUGUUUCCUCUUCUGUCUUAUCUGCUAGUGUUGUCUUUAGCAGGCUCUCAACACUGUGUUAAUGGCUCCUUCCUCAGCCAUUUAACCUUAGGAGGCUAAGGUCUAUGGAAGGCGUGUAGUCCUUCAAAGCCUGUUACUACACGUGGGACUUCACUUAGAAGAACCUUAACUGCAAGUGACUAAGGUGCCUGUCCUUUCCCACUGUGGUAGUCAAAUUUCAUUAGUCACCUCCUCCCUUAUUCUUUCACAGGAAGUUUAGAUUCUGAGAGAAUCAGCUAAUACUUACUCAUUUUUCUGUUUUAAACAAAAAUAGGUUGCCUAUUUUCUGUUGACUAAACGUUGGUAUUUCCUUUGUUUUUCUUGUUUCUCAUUUUUUUAUCUGUCCUUGUGAAAGUUCUGUUUUUUUUUUCUUACUCCAAAUGCUCAUGUUAAGCAAUAUCUUUCAUAAUGCCUAUAAUAUUAGGCUGAUUUCCAUUCACGGAAUUGAGCUCUAGUCUCCUUGCUCUCUGAAGUUUAUUUCUAACUGCCUAUUAAAUGUCUUCAUUUUGACAAAUACUGACAACACAGUAAUUUUAAAUUCAGUAUGAGCAAACAAAUUUUCAUCUUUUAUGGAAAAUCUUCUCUGCUUGUUUCCCCCUAGUUUUGUGUACUUUUUCAAGAAGGAAAACAGAAGACUUCCCUUCCUAUCCUCAUUUCUACACACACUGACUUGUAUUCUAGACCAAUGUUUUUCAGACAUCAAAAUCCCAGGCUCUUUUUUCAUAAACAAAAUUCCGAAUAAGCAAUGGAAGCUAGGGGAGAUUCUUCCAUCCCUGCUACAACUCCUGGCCUAUCGUUAUACAACCAAGAUUUUUAUGUAACCUAGCACUUUAGCAAGUUUUAUUAUGAAAAUACCUUAGCUUUCUAAAGUUAAAUAAUCUUUAAUGUGGUUUUUAGAAGCACAGACUUCUUCAGUGGGUCAUAGUCAAUUAAUCAAGUACUUCCAGUACUUUUCCUAAAUGCACAUGUUUUACAGCCUUUGUUGACACCAUUGUUUCUAGGCCCUUCUUUGUGGCCAGGUAAAUACUUUACUUGUAUGAUGUACCCUUAGUAACACAGUGUCCAAAGGCUUUUUUUUUCAGCCCUUUACAAUAGAAAUUAGAUGUUCCUUAUUUUUUUCUAUCUUUUUCAUGUUAUCACAGUACAACGUGUUGUAAUUAUUUUCCUUACUACUGAAUGAACUCCAUAUCUUAAAAUUUUACCUUUGCACAUACCAUUCAUUGCAUGGUAGGUAGUAAUGUUUUUUGAGUUAAUGAGGCAUGAUUUGAAAUGCCAAAUUUUGCACAAAAGGGUUGCUGCUAUUGCAUUCCAGACUGCCAUGCCCUCUAUACCAGUGGUUGAUACAGGAAGGAGGAAUAUGUAUUUUUCAGAGGAGUAAAUUAUGACUUGGAUGCUAAACCUGUGAAAGACUUCAUCUUCAGAAGCUGAGAGCUUCAAGUUUUGCCUUUGUGACCUUUAUGGACUCACUAGUUGGUACAAUUAUGAGGGUAUUCUUGGGUGCUUUUUGUAUAAUUUACUCCUUCCCCCCAAACAACUGGAGAAGAAUUUGUCGACCAUAAUAGCUGCAGUACUUUUUACCAUGGUAUUAUAAAAGAACAACACAUUUUGUAUUCAUUUAAUCUUCAUGAGUAAAUUCUUUUAUUUAGAAUGAAGUAACCUCAAAAUACCAAGUACUCUACAUAUGGACAAUAAUCAAGUCUGUAAUCGAUUCAACGCUAUUUUGUGCCUACUACAUGCCAUAUCUUGAUGUAGGCACUGAGGAUAUAGCUUUAUAAACGCCCCCCCCCAUUAUGGGGCUUUCAGUGGUAUAGUAUACAGUAUGUCAAGUGAUAACACUGUAAAGCGUUCAGCAGCCUGUAAGGGAUAAGUGUGACUUGGAGAUGGGUGCUGUUUUAUUUAGAGUGGUUAGAAAGGCACAUCUAAGCACCUGUCUUCAGUUUCCAUUCUGUUGUGUAGAUGCCUUGUAUGCUCAGUACACUCACAGACUUUCUUAUGAAGUCACCACUUAAAACUUUCUCAUUUUUUUUUUUUUUUGCAUUGAAUGGAUUUCUUAUCUGUGGUGUUCCUCAUGUGUACUGCCGGAAAGCCUUGGGCUUUUUAUUCAUUCCAGGUGGUUUUCUUUCUACCUUCUAGUUCCCUUUUCUGUCUUCUGUAAGGUUACUGCAUCUGUCCACAGAAGCCAGAACUCUGUAGUUUCUUUGAUAUCACUUCCCUAUAUAUUUUAAACACAAUAUGAGUUAGCUUAGUGUGGAAAUAUUACAUUAAGAGGUACUCAAUAUAGUCACAAUUAAUGUAUGCAUUAUAUACUCAUGCUGGUUUCCAGUAGUUUUUGUUUUCAUACUUCUACUGAAAAAUCACUAUAUCUUCAGUGUGAAUUCUCUGCUGUUUACUAAGAUGUAAAAUAUUAUAGGAUUUUGGGCAAUCCUUAAAUGUUUAUCAUUCUUUACUCAAUAUGAAUUUUCUGAUGUGGACUGGGAUUUAAGACUUGUUUGUGAGUUUGAGGCUAGCCUGGUCUACAAAGAAAGUUUCAGGAUAGCCAGGGCUGUUGCACAGAGAAACCCUGUCUCAAAAAACAAACAAAACCAAAACAAAAAGACUGAAGAGACUGACUCACUGUUUAUAGGUUUCUGGCUACUGUGCAUUAUUUGAUGUUAAGGCACAUACGAUGACAUUCAUUCCCUUACAUUUUGCUUAUAGCAGAGUGGGAUAAGAGUCAUGGCUAAAAGCCCACCGUUAAGUUACAUUCCUAGCUUUACAGUCUGUGGUCAGUGCUCUGAUAUUCAUUAAAGUGUGAGAGCUGUAUCUGAAGGCGUUCUCAGAGUUAUCUUCAUGAUGCUUUAAAAUCCCACUGCUACCAACUUUUAGAUUGCUUAUCUCCUUGGCUCCUCUUCUAGGACCCUUUUUGUAACUCAUGAGGCUACCCCAUCUGCCACAGAAUCCAGGAUCCCAUAGUUCUCUAGUAUUACUUACCCUGAGUUCUUUUAAUAUAAAAUGAAAUACAUUAUGGAAGUAUUAUAUUAACAUAAGCUUAAUAUAGCUGGAAUUAAAAGUAUUCAUUAUGUACUUAUGCUGGUGUUUAGUAGUUUUGUUUUUUGCAACUUUUAGUGACAUUUUCCAACUACAGUGUUUUGGAAUAUGAUUAAUAAAAUAAAAUCACAUUCCCCUA